CCCACUCUUUCCUUCUCGUACAAAAUUUCCUCUUCCUUCCCGUUCGUGGUUGUAUGUCGGCUCUUUAAUAACACAAGUAACCACCACAUCUUUACGCAGAAUAAAAACUAUUCGUGCCCAGUGUGCGUGCGCCGGGAUAUCUAAAACAAAUGCUAUUUAAAGAUUUUUUUACAUUUAAGUAGGAUUCAAACUGUUUUUGAGUAUACAUAGGCCUAUGUAAAAUCGUGCUCAAAUAGUUAAUGUUAUGCCUUUAACAGCAAGACAUUCAUUUGCAAAUAAAUCAUCUGGCCUCAUAAUUACCCGAAAAGGUGUGCGCAACGCAGGUGUUUCUGGCGCCAUGAAACUUCGGAUACAAAAUCACAUUACAAAGAGCUGGUGGAAUUAUACUGAGAUGACUGGAAGCCCUAUCUGUGGUGAGCGAGGACCAAUCAAUCUUUGAGGCAUCCUUUCCCAGCACCCCCAGCAUGCACAUGAAGGGGGAGGUAACAUCGUCCAGCGGCUUCAGCCAGGCCGAGCACAGCCCCGAUCCCACUGAACCACAGUGGGUGGGUCCGGGACCACAGAACCCUGGGAGGAGAAGUGAACCGGUUAAUGGUACCAGUUGUGAGUCCCCUGUGGACUGUAGUGUGACCAAACGCUCCAGACACAUGAGCAGUAAUGAAGGGAGCGAACUGGCUUAUCAUCCCUCUUACACAGAGCCACGCACAAGCCCUCAAAUUGCUAGCCCUCCAAACAGUGCCACAGAAGAGAAGAGGGUCAUUGUGCCCGCAGACCCUGAGGUGUGGUCUCAGGACCAUGUGCGCCAGUGGCUGGACUGGGCCAUAAAGGAGUAUUGCCUUGAAGAGGUGGAUGUCAUGCUCUUCCACACGCUUGAUGGAAAAUCUCUCUGCAAAAUGACCAAAGAGGACAUGAUGCGUCUCACGUCCGCCUACAACACAGACAUCCUGCUCUCACACCUCAAUUACCUCCGGCAGAGUAGUCCUACUUUUUCAUAUGCUACAACUCCCACCAACACACCACAACAGCCAAGACUACAGGUCAAAGCAGAGAACAACUUUGAGGAGAUAAACAGGAGGAACAGCUGGCCAUCCAAUGCCAUAACGGCUGUACCAAAGGCUACUCAUAUGGAACACCAACACAGCGCCAGGGUCACAGAACCUCCCCAAAGAGUUGUGCAACAAGACCCUUACCAAGCAUUAGGCCCCAUCAGUAGUCGUCUAGCCAACCCAGAAGGCCAAUCCCUCGAACCCAAGAUCCGAACAGCUAAACACAGUUCUUUAAGGCUGCCUGACCCAAGCACUCACAGGCCUGUGGGCUCUGGUCAGAUCCAGCUGUGGCAGUUCCUGCUGGAGUUACUGUCAGACAGCAAUAACUCUUCCAUCAUCACAUGGGAGGGAACCAAUGGUGAGUUCAAGAUGACUGACCCGGACGAGGUUGCCAAGCGUUGGGGUGAGCGCAAGAGCAAGCCCAAUAUGAACUACGACAAGCUGAGUCGCGCACUGCGCUACUACUAUGACAAAAACAUAAUGACUAAAGUGCACGGAAAGCGUUAUGCAUACAAGUUCGACUUCCAGGGCAUAUCACAGGCACACCAGAGCCAUGCUGGGGAGGGCACCAUCAUCAAAUACCAGGCAGAGCCUUAUGUGCAGUCCUACCACAACCACCAGCCUAAAAUGAACUUCAUGAGUGGGCAUGCCGCACCUAUGCCUGUGUCAUCUGGGAACUUUUUUGGGACUCCAUCAACAUACUGGAACUCAACCAAUGGCCCCAUAUAUCAGGGCACAGCCAUGCCCCGACACCCAGGGACUCAUUCCCACCUAAGCUCAUUCUACUAAGGACUGUUCAGGUAUCUUUUCCACUGGUCUUGUUUUGUAGCACUCAAAGCAUCGCCAGAAACGGGGAGAAACUGAU